AUGGCAGCCCUACUGUCAGGACUGCUCAGUCUCCGACACAGUCGCCGUCUGGCCCGCAUCCCGCCGUACCUGUCGCUGCUGUGCAUCGUCAUUGGCGUCGCCUGGUUGUUGCUGCUGCCCCUCGACGAGUAUUCACGCCGCACCUAUGUCUCCGAGAACGCCAUCCUGCCCGGUCAGGUCCACACCUAUUUCGGCGGCAGUGAACACAAUGUCUUUCGUGCAUACAGACAGGAGGUCGCCGAGAUGGACCAGCUCUCCUCCGAGGACCGCUCCCAAAAGCUAUACCAUCUGCUCGGCGCCAAUGGAUUGAAGCCCGAUAUUCAAAACUACUCUUAUGACGUCUCGGGUCAAAACAAGACGGGCCAGAAUGUCUAUGCUCUCCUUCAAGGCCCAAGAGCUGAUGCCACCGAAGCAAUGGUCCUGAUCGCUGCAUGGAGAAACAUGGACGACAAGAUCAACUAUUCCGGUGUCGCUUUGCUCCUGACUCUGGCAAGAUAUUUCAAGAGGUGGUCCAUCUGGUCAAAGGACAUCAUCGUCUUGAUUCCCUCCGACAGCACCUAUGGCCCGCACGCCUGGGUCGACGCCUACCAUGACACGCACGAUACCACUGCCGUACAGGCCUUGAACAUCAAGGCGGGUGCUCUUCAAGCUGCCAUCGCUAUUGAUUACCCUGCCGGCCCAUGGGGUCAUCGCUUUGACAAGCUCCAUGUUGUAUACGAUGGCAUUAACGGCCAGUUGCCCAACCUUGAUCUUGUCAACACUGCUGUCAACAUUGCUCAGGGUCAACUCGGCAUUACUUGUACUAUCCAGCGCAUGUGGGAUCACAAGGACAGCUACCGUGAGCGUCUUGACACUAUGCUCAGGGGUAUGAUGAACCAAGCUGUAGGUCAUGCGAGCGGUCCUCAUAGUGUCUUUAUGCCCUACCACGUUGAUGCUAUUACCCUGCAAACGGUUGGUGAUGGUUGGCAUGAUGAAGUCUCGCUCGGAAGGACUGUCGAGAGUCUGUUCCGCAGCGUAAACAACCUUCUCGAGCAUUUGCACCAGAGUUUCUUCUUCUACCUUCUCAUGCAAGCCAACCGCUUCGUGAGCAUUGGUACUUAUCUACCCAGUGCCAUGCUGAUUGCGGUAAACUUUACCAUCACUUGUAUCCUACUUUGGGUGCAAAGUGGUCGACCAGAACGCCAGAGCCCUAAUCCGGCCUCUCCCAAGAGUGAGAAAAAGCCAGAGAUGACCCUUGUCAAAGAAGGGGAGAACGUGGCACUGGUACCCUCUGCAGAUCUUGAGGUGGUCGAGAGGGAUCUGUUCAGCCCUCUGGCUAUCGUUCUCGGCGUUCAUGCUUUGGGCCUGGUGCCAUUUUAUAUCUUGAAUCAGAUCCCGGAGAAGACAUUUACACUCAUCCAAUGCUUCUCUCUGCUCUUACUCGGUGCCGCCCUCUCUACCCUCGCAACACUCAACUUUUCACAGGCUCUUUUUGUCGGACUUCUCGCUUCUCCGCUGUCUUUUGUCCGACCCUUCUCACCUCCGAAAACAUGGCCAAUCGCCGUCAAGGUUGUGUUGGGAGUCCUGGCUGUGAUGAUCAUGGUUGCUACCUCACCACCAGCUGCCUUGCAUGUUCUAGGACUCGUGGCGGGCAAGGGCUUCGACGAGGUCAUUGCAGCUGCGGCUUGGGCGUGGAGAGUGGAAAGAGUGUGGACGGGAGUCACUGUGUGGGUGCUCUGGUGGCCGGCAUGGGACUAA